AUGGCAAUCUGUGACGUCUGUAAAAAAUCUUCAAGUGACAAGAAUGAUGUGAAAUGUGUAGGAGUGUGUGGCUUUGUGUUUCAUGCUGACUGCAUAAAGGACGAUCUCGAGGCAAAGAGGACGAGGUCGACGAGAGACUACAAGUGCAAGGACUGUAGAGGUGACUCUUUUCAGAACAUUGUUACUUCUGGCUCUUCGUCUGCUGAUGUUCUUACUAAGGACUUCCUAAUUCAGGUAAUAGAAGGUUUUAAAAAGGACGUUUUUACUGAGAUGAAUUCCUUCAAGUCUGAGAUGACCGACCUAUCAGCCUCUGUUCAGUUUGUGUCGGAUAAAAUCGAUGCUUCCAACAAGUUAAUGGAGCAAAUUACUUUGCAGUUUGCUGAAUUAAAGAAGGAAAACGAACUUUUAAAAACUAAGAACGAAUCUCUCACUAAAGAAGUUCUGGACCUGAGGGAUAGGAUGAGAAAUCUUGAGCAGUAUACCCGUAUGAACAAUGUUGAAGUCAGCGGUCUGCCAUCUACAAGAGAGGAGAGCGUCAAAGACCUGUUGAAGGACGCGGGUGCGGCUAUAGGAGUGCAGGUGCAGGACAGCGACGUCGCCAUCGCGCACCGGGUGCCAUCCUAUGGACUCAACAGGGAUCCUGCGCUGAUCAUCCAGUUCACGGACAGGGAGAGGAAGGCUGAGUGGCUCAACGCAUACCGGAAAAAGAGGUCACUUGUUGCUCGGGGGGUAAAUCAGCGGUUUCCGGCACAGCGAGUGUACAUCAGCGACCACUUGUCACCGGAAAACAAAAAGUUUCUGGCAAGUUUGAAGAAGAAGUGCAGGGAGAUCGGAUAUACGUUUGCCUGGAGUCGCGAUAGCAAGUUCUUUGCGAGGAAAGCUGAGGGAGACCCUGUCAAGAAGAUCUUAUCAUACAAGGACAUUGACAAUCUGGGUUAG